AUGAAUAUGAAUUAUCCAUUAUUUGUUGAAUCAAAUCAUACAACAAUUUAUAAAGCAUGUCGUCCGGGGUAUCCAAAAGAACUUUAUAAUCGAAUAUUGCAGUUUUAUUUCGAUAGAACCGAUACUGAUGAAAUUAAUCAAAAAAUUCCAUUAGCUGUCGAUAUUGCUUGUGGUAGUGGACAAGCUACAGUUGAUUUGAGUUCUUAUUGUCAUCAUGUAAUUGGUAUUGAUGGUAGUGAAAAUCAAUUAAAACAAGCAUCAUUCAAAGAUAAUAUCGAAUAUCAUUGUUCGAAUGCAGAAAAUUUAACAUUUUUGCCAUCAAAUUCAGUUGAUCUUGUAACGGUAGCAACAGCAUUACAUUGGUUUGAUAUUGAAACAUUUUUUCAACAAGUUGAUCGUAUUCUAAAACCAAAUAGCGGUGUUUUAAGUAUUUGGGGCACUGGUAUGCCAUCAUUAAAUAAUUUGAAGGCUAAUGAAACACUAAAUAAUUUUUGUCAAAAUGAUCUUAAAAAUUGUUGGAGUGAUCGGGCAUAUUUGGUGAUAAAUCAAUAUGAAUCUAUACUUGAUAAGUUUCCAUAUCAACAAACAAGAAUCAAACAUAUUAUUGAAUAUCAACGAGAAAUGUCUAUUCUUGAAUUUGUCAAUUUUAUUGAAACAUGGAGUCCAUGUCAAAAAUAUCGGGAAAUUUAUGGAGGCGACAAAUUAAAAGAAUUAUUAAAAAUGUUUUUGAAUAAUUUGGUCCAAUGUUAUAAUGAAUCAACAAAUGAAAUUGACAAUACUAUUGAUAAUCAAAUGAUCAUUGUUGAAUGGAUAAUACAUUUACAUUUAAUGAAAAAAAACAAUCGAUAA